GAGGCGGUUGGAGGGAGGCCCGAUUCCCCUUUGUUCGGGUUCGCCAUUUUACAAAGCAGCGGCAGUGGCGGCGGCAACGGCGGCUGGAGCCUCUGAUUGGGUUUCGGGGUCCGGUACUGGAGCCAAUCAGCGCGGGCAGCGAACCGGGGGAGCGAGGCACGGAGUGCAUCUUGGCAUUCUGCAGAGUGAAGCUCACUGUGAAUAGGAUUCUAACUCAGAAGGACCAUGGAGCAGUAUACAGCAAACAGCAAUAGUUCAACGGAGCAGAUUGUUGUGCAAGCCGGACAGAUUCAGCAACAGCAGCAGGGUGGUGUCACUGCUGUCCAGUUGCAGACUGAGGCCCAGGUGGCAUCCGCCUCAGGCCAGCAAGUCCAGACCCUCCAGGUAGUCCAGGGGCAGCCAUUAAUGGUUCAGGUCAGUGGAGGCCAGUUAAUCACAUCAACUGGCCAACCCAUCAUGGUCCAGGCUGUCCCCGGUGGACAAGGUCAAACGAUCAUGCAAGUACCUGUAUCUGGGACACAGGGUUUGCAGCAAAUACAGUUGGUCCCGCCUGGACAGAUCCAGAUCCAGGGUGGGCAGGCUGUGCAGGUGCAGGGCCAGCAGGGUCAGACCCAGCAGAUCAUCAUCCAGCAGCCCCAGACGGCUGUCACCGCUGGCCAGACCCAGACGCAGCAGCAGAUUGCUGUACAGGGGCAGCAAGUGGCACAGACUGCUGAAGGGCAGACCAUCGUCUAUCAGCCAGUUAAUGCAGAUGGCACCAUUCUCCAGCAAGUUACAGUCCCUGUUUCAGGCAUGAUCACCAUCCCAGCAGCCAGUUUGGCAGGAGCACAGAUUGUUCAGACAGGAGCCAACACCAACACAACCAGCAGUGGGCAAGGGACUGUCACUGUGACGCUACCAGUGGCAGGCAAUGUGGUCAAUUCAGGAGGGAUGGUCAUGAUGGUGCCUGGCGCAGGCUCUGUACCUGCUAUUCAAAGAAUCCCUCUACCUGGAGCAGAGAUGCUUGAAGAAGAGCCUCUCUAUGUGAAUGCCAAACAGUACCACCGUAUUCUUAAGAGAAGGCAAGCCCGGGCCAAACUAGAGGCAGAAGGGAAAAUUCCAAAGGAAAGAAGGAAAUACCUGCAUGAGUCUCGGCACCGUCAUGCCAUGGCACGGAAGCGUGGUGAAGGUGGACGAUUUUUCUCUCCAAAGGUAAAGGAUAGUCCCCAUAUGCAGGAUCCAAACCAAGCUGAUGAUGAAGCAAUGACACAGAUCAUCCGAGUGUCCUAACCCCUGGCUAUGUGGUGGAGCUGAUCAAGGUCAUGUUCCUCGCCACUCUUUCCCACUGUUCCAGGAAAUUGAUCAACUCUUCCAAUGGGACACUGACGAUCACUUUCUGACCUUUUCUACAGGACAGAAACCACUUAGUUUUUAAAAGUGGUUCAGUAUUAUAAUUGCAGCAAUGUCUGGCAAAUUGAAGUUGCAAGCCUCUGUGUAACUUUUUCAGGCAGAACUAUUUCAGACUGUUGAUGACAUUGACAUUUCAUGGAUUAGGAUGAUGCAAAGGGACACAUGCCAGCCUGGCAGUACAGAAGCACUUACGUUGACUGGUGAAGUUAGCCAGCCACUUCAGCAGGGGAGAACAACCUUCUCUACCUAACCUGCAAUCAGGGAAGCCACAGCCCACUUCUUCCCAUGGAAUCUAGACAGCAUCCAUCCCUCUGGUGGGGGAUCUCAGGCUGACUAACUGAAUAGACAGUUUGUAUUCAGAGAUGGCUUCCAUGCAAGGAAGUUCCAUUUUGUGAUAUGGAAACAAUAAAUUCUCUGAGGUACAUUCAUCUAA